ACCUGAGUUGAGCUUGGAUUUUAUAUAAGUCCAAUCGAAUUGAACUCAAAUCGAUUAAUCUUGGCUUGAUAGCGCCCUAAGAUUUUGGGGCAUACAACAGAUGGGCUCAAACGUUACGGCGUCUGAUUAAAAGAAUUCACAGCCUCAUCAAAUUGGGCUUUCAGCCCACCAUUAUGGCCUCUUUCAAAAACUUUUAUGCUGACAGGAUGCACACAAAGCUUCACCUUUCCUUGCAUUGCAUGACACCCGCGUUUUUAAUUGAAUACGCAUAAAAGCUUGUCUGCUUCUAGUUCUAGUUUGCCCACAGAAAGACUCAUUUCUAAAUAAUUAAAUCAGUUACAUCUGAAUUUAACCUGACUAGUCAUAUUUCUUGAAUGUUUGUGCUGUCUGGCUAGUGAAUCAUCUUUAACCAAGCCAAGCUACUAUAAAUUAAGUUUCUCCUCCCACCUAUCGCAACAAAUCUGUCUCUCAUUGCCAUGGCGAGGGAGGAAACCCUGCUUUUGGUUAUCAAAUUCACGAUCACGACCCUUUUCUUGUUAUUGCAUUGUGUUGGCUUUGGUGUUGCAGCGGGGUCCUUGGGCGGGGGCAAGGGAAGAUGGCAGCUGCUUUUAAACAACACAGGGGUUGUAGCUAUGCAUAUGGCAUUAACUCACCACAAUACUGUCAUAAUGUUUGACCAAACGGGAGCAGGCCGGUCUGGAUACAGACUUCGCCGGCGAUAUAAUGGAACAAGGUGCAAAGCCACCCAUGCUGACUUAGACGACUGGUCUUGUUAUGCUCAUUCUGUUGAGUACAACAUUUCAGGCAACAGCAUUAGGCCUCUAAGACUUGAUACCGAUCCGUGGUGCUCCUCUGGUGCCUUUUUAAGCAAUGGGACGCUCUUACAAACUGGUGGAUAUGGCAGUGGUUCGCGGAAAAUACGAUACUUCAAGCCUUGUCAAAACAGCCGUUGUGAUUGGAAGCAAUACAAGAGGGCAUUACAUGAUAAACGCUGGUAUGCUUCAAGUAUAAUGCUACCUGAGAAUGAUCGGUUAAUGGUUGUUGGAGGAAGGGAGGUCUUCACUUAUGAAUUUGUUCCUAAACUGUCUUCCAGGGACAAGUCCAUCAAUCUUCCAUUUUUGCACCAUACUAAUGAUAGGAAAUCCGGAGGAAAUAACCUCUAUCCCUUCCUCCACCUUGCUUCAGAUGGCAAUUUGUUCAUUUUUGCCAAUCGGGAUUCAAUCCUUUUCAAUUAUAGAUACAACCGGGUAGUCAAGACCUUUCCUCAGAUUCCUGGAGACGGUUCAAGGAACUAUCCAAGCUCAGGUUCAUCUGUAAUCCUCCCUUUGGACCACACAAACAAAUUUCAAAAAGUGGAAGUUAUGGUGUGUGGAGGUGCAGCCUCGGGAGCUUACAGAGCUGCAGAACAAGGGAGAUUCUUGAACGGGCUUAGCUCUUGUGGCAGAAUGGUGAUCUCUGGCAACAGACACAAAUGGAAUAUGGAAUACAUGCCUGGUCCCCGCCUCUUAAACAACAUGUUGAUUCUUCCAACUGGGCAUAUUCUGAUAAUCAAUGGCGCAAAGCGUGGUUCUGCUGGAUAUAACAAUGCAGCAACCCCCUCUCUUGAACCAUACCUCUACAAGCCAAAGCAAAUACUAGGCAGAAGAUUUUCAGUCCUCAGAGCCACUAAAAUAGCUAGAAUGUAUCACUCAUCAGCGACAGUCCUACCUGAUGGUAGGGUCUUAGUUGCAGGCGGUAAUCCUAACAAUAAAUAUACUUUCAAAAAUGUGACCUACCCAACUGAACUAAGAUUACAGGCAUUCCUCCCACCGUAUAUGGACGAGCAAUACCAUUCCCAUAGACCAGGCAAUUUGUCAAUAAGCUAUAAAAAUAGCAGUGAUGGUGUAGCAUAUGGAAAAGAGUUUAGUGUUCAGUUCUGGUUGGGGAAGAGACCUAGCAACGUGGUUGAAUUUACUGCAUAUUCACCACCAUUCACUACACAUGCAGUUUCGAUGAAUCAGAGGAUGUUAAAACUGAGGAGCACAAGUUUGGUUAGGGCGAAGGAUGGAUGGAUGAGUGCCAAAUUGGAGGCACCUCCAUCUCCUAAUGUUGCACCUCCUGGCUAUUACAUGCUAACAGUUGUUAAUGGAGGCAUUCCAGGCAUAUCCCAAUGGGUUAAGUUCAAACAUGCUUGAUCCCUUUUUCUCUUUUGAUAAAGAAAUCAGGGUGUUGGUGCAAAACAUUUUGUAAUAAGAAUUACUGUGAUGGCACCUUUAAGCGCUUACUUAGAAUUGAGGUGGAACAUACUUCUUACAAAUCUAAAUGAAAAAUAAAAUUGCUGCUGCUUGUAGUAAA